AAGCUGCGUAUCGACAACGCGGAAGUGCCCGGACAAGCAAAAUCCUUGUCGUUUUCUUUUCUCAAAACGUACUUUUCAAAAAUUGUUGCUACCUUAACUUUGCUCAAACAAAAAAUAUCACUUUAUUUUAGCCUUGACAGGUUGUCAACUGAUCUGCGAGAUGUCUGAAGCGUCUUUAAUGCUUCUGUAAGUGCCCUGCUGAUUGAAACAGUGUUUACCUGCAGAGCUGCUCAGCAACAUGCCUGCUCGAAACAUCGUUGCCAAUGAUGUCUCCAGCAGCAAAGUGAGGUACUCCAGGUUGGCCACUGACGAUGAUGGAUACAUUGAUUUGCAGUUCAAAAAGAGCCCACCUAAAGUCCCAUACAAAGCCAUUGCACUUGCUACAGUGCUCUUCUUAAUCGGCUCUCUCUUAAUCAUCAUUGGCUCUCUUCUCUUGGCUGGAUACUUUGGAGUCACUCACUCAGACCGGACAGUUCCCGUACUUAUCAUUGGGAUCCUUGUCUUCCUUCCUGGAAUUUACCACCUACGGAUAGCUUAUUAUGCAUCGAAGGGCUACCCAGGCUACUCCUAUGAUGACAUUCCAGACUUUGACGACUGAACCAAAGCAAAGCUUCAGCUUUCUCCUGCUGUUCAUGUAGUACAUGCAUGCAUGCUUGCAUUACUUGAGCUGGAUUUAAAGUAGCUAAAGAAAAUGAAGUUUAAUCAAUGUUUGUACAUUUCUUGUCCUUUAUUAGAUCUGUAUCCCUGAGACUGGUAACAGAUAUUGUUUGAUAUUGAUUUGUAUCUUUUUUAUUUCUUGCUAGAUUCAAAUAUUACUGACUAUUUAACAUUGUUAUAAUUGCAUUUUUUUGAAUGAUUUUGAUGAAUCCUCAUUGUCAAAAAAUAUGUAGCAGACAAACUUAAGCCCUUUCCACACAGCAUGUCUACGGUGGGACUUUGACGUCAGUGUUCCUCGUCAUUUUGUCUGUCAAUGAUCCAGAGGCUGAAUGAUGAGGCAUUUUUGUCCUGCCUGUAUAUCAUCAUAGGAGGAAGGAACAGUGGGGAAAAAGAGGGGGAGAUGAUCUCUGUGUGCCAAGGUCAUCUGGCGUGAUGAAGCGCUCUGGUCCUUCCCGACAAUGAACCACCUCAUUCAGACUGUGUGAAUUUCCAAAAUGGGAACUUUGGCAGCUUAUCAAGGAUGGCUUGAAAUGACACCAUCGCUGUGUGGAAAAGGCUUUAGAGCAUGAUGUAAAAUCCUGAGUGUCACGUGAUUAUUUCUUAAAAAAAGAAAUAAUGCAGUUAUCACAUCACUGAGUGUGUAUUAGAGCUGAGUUGUUCUGUAAAGCUGUGGAAAAUUCAGUGAAGGAUUACCAAAAUAUGAGUCAAGUCAGAAGUUUUCAGUGUUUGAAACAGUAAAUGUUCUAUAUAAUA